GAAACUGCUGUUAAACAAAUGUUGCUGAUUUUUUCUUGAUCGAUUUACGAACUGCGACGAGAGUCACAAAGUUUAGAGCCGGUUAUGUUAAACAUUUUUUAAUUUUUGAAAAUUAUAUGUGUCAAAUAUUAUAACAUGCAAAUUAUUUUGAAGUUCUUCUACGUCUAUUCUAUAAAAUAGUUUUUUUCAAUCGAUUGAGUAACUUUAUUUUGAGCGGGCACUUUUUCCCCCAGAAGCUACAGCAUUACUUGUUAAGUUGACACUUUCUUUGGAUUGUAGUCAUGAUCGAAUUGAGAUUAUUUUGGCUAUUUACGCAUUAAAAGCAUUCUCCAAUUUCUUAAAGAAGGACGUAAUAUUUAUUGUCUUUAUUAUACUUCAGGAUCAGAAUGGCAAUCAUCAUGGAUAUCUUGAAGGAUUAAUACUUUGUGGACUUACAUAUCCCUAUUGAACGCUAUUAUUAGGUGGAUCUGUAUCUUCAAAAGCAGCAUUUACUCGUAAUAUUCUGAAUGGAUAUAAAACAAAAUCGGAUUUUGAGAUUACAUCCUGUAUCCGCUAUUGCAACUAAUUAUGAUGAUAUUCGAUUUUCUGAAGAGAAUUUUUGGGUGGGUUGAUGAAGGAGGAAGAAAGCGUAAAAGCAGUAGCUCUUCAGGUUCGGAAGAGAGUAGUGUAAGAUUAAAGAAGCGUCGUUGUAAUCAUGACAUGGGGCAUCGUCAAGAGAGUUUUGUUGAACCUGAGAUUGAUUCAGACGAUGAUGAUAUUGCAAUGUUUGUGCAUCACACCUGCACACCGACUCCAACCAACAAAAUGUUUAACGGUACGCACAGGGAUAAAAGCAAAUCAAAUCCGUUCUCUAACCCAAAAUCAUUCCUGAAGAAUAUUAAAAUGAGAUCGUCACCUCGCCGUAAUAUGUCCAAAGUGGACCGCAGCAUGAGUUGCUCUGCGGAGUCAUUUAACAGCAGAUUGGACAUGCCCUCUGAUCACAAUUGUUCUACUCUAGAGAAAACUCAUCGGUUACGAGAGAAAAGGCAAUAUCGUGAGAUGCUUCAGAGUUUUGUACCAAGUGGAAUACAAGUACUAAACGCUACUGUAAACAUGCAUCAUCGUCCUGCACGAGACGUAACAGAAAUUAUUGAUUUGGAGAAGAGCGAACAACCAUCAUUCCUUCGUAAGGACCAUGAUUUGUCCAGGAUAGCAGGAACAUCAACACAGUCUCCCUGGGUGAUGCAAAGAAAAAGAAUAGAACAGCCUGCUUCACGCAAAGAAACCACUGAUGACAUGAUCGAAAGGCUAUUAGCCCAGUCCUUUCGUCGUACCAAAAUAACAUGGGAUGACCGUAACAUUUCCAAAGUAUCACCAAGUACCAGUACUGAAUUUAUAACUACAAACACACUGAGAGACAAGCUUGCAGCACGUGCGGUGAUGAAACAAGAUUUCGUACCGGACGUCGCCAAAAGGUACAAUGCACGUAUCGAACAGCACUACAAAGAAGCCGAAGAGUUAAAACGUAUGACUGGCGUUCUUUCAAAGCAUAAUCGUCUCGCACGAGAAGCAGCUUGGGAAGAACAGCUUGCAAAGUCAAUGCGAUAUUGUGAAGCUGUUCUAGACGAACGAGAGGAACCUGAAGAACCACCACUUCCUGAAUUAACAUCUUCUAUGCUAGAGGUAGUGAAGAAUGCACUAUUGCCACGUCCGCCUAACGAAGUUCUGGUGGAAGGUUUUGGUCUGAGAAUAACACGAAAAGACAUUCACACUUUGUCUGGUCUUAAUUGGCUCAACGAUGAAGUGAUAAACUUUUACAUGAACUUAUUGAUUGUUCGUGGCACGGAGAAUGAAAAGCUUCCAAAAGUCCACGCAAUGAAUACAUUUUUCUAUCCAAAGUUAAUAGCGAAUGGACAUGCUUCGCUUAAACGUUGGACAAGGAAAAUUGACAUCUUUGCCCAGGACAUCGUUGUAGUGCCAGUACAUCUUGGAAUACACUGGUGCAUGUCUAUAAUAGACUUUCGAGAUAAAUCUAUUCGUUAUUACGACAGUAUGGGUGGCGCUAAUUUGAAGUGUCUAUCCGCCUUAAGGCAAUAUCUCGAGGAAGAGAGUCUGGACAAGAAAAAGAAACCGUUCGACACGAAUGAUUGGAAAUUGGAGUGCGUCAAAAAUAUUCCUCAACAAAUGAAUGGAAGCGACUGUGGCGUUUUUUCGUGUAUGUUCGCUGAACACAUUUCUGCAAAUAGAAAAAUUAAUUUCACGCAGCAGGAGAUGCCUUACUUCAGGAACAAAAUGGUUUUUGAAAUAUUGAAAUCUAAACUUUUGUGAUUCGGUGAUUCAUAAUCAUGGUUUUCUAACGAGUCGAUUAUGAUUGAAUAUUUUGUGCAACACUCGAAUUCCAUUCGGUAUUAGGACUUUAACGAAUCAAGAAUUUAAUAUGUUGCAGUUGUAAAACUCUGACUCGUCUCUCGCUGAUUGCUUACAUCUUAAGGACAAGGCGUCUAGCUGUUAGUAAAGUUAAAUCCUAUUUCGCAGUUUCAUGAAUGUUAGCCUAAGGAAUGUAUAGAAUACGUUUAUGUUCAAUCAUUUUAUGUAAGAAAACCGUUUGAUGCGUAUAAAAUUUUUAUUAUAAGGAUAAAUAAUUUCAGUUCACUAAAUAAAAUUUGUAAAUGUUUAGUUGAUAACCUGAACGACCCUAUCUAUAUAUUUCAAUAAUUAUCAAGGAAGCAAGGCUUAA